AUGGACGACUCUUUACCGACUGCGAAGCUAGGUCCCCCUCCCCCCCCCUCAUCUGCUAACUAUAGUACAGAUACCACCACCUCCCCGGUAAAGCCCGCGGGGCCCAUGGGGUUCUUUGCUGCAGUUGGUGAUUCGUCGUCGUCUGCACCGAGUUCGUCAAGUCCCACUUCCGACGGCAGCUUCGCUCCGCGAGUUGACGGACUUACCCAGGUCAUUACGGCUAUCGGUCUAACCUUUGGACGUGAAUCGGGGUCACCCGAUGAGCUAUCCUUUGGAGAUGAUGGCGGGCCGGAUCGAGGGGCGGAAGUGAGUGUUGCAGCAGAAACGGUCAGGCAAGUCCGAUUCCUUCUGCGGUAUGGUGAUUAUGCUGGCAUGGUGUGGAAUGUUUUACGUAGGAUCUCGCGACUUUCCAACACGCCUCUGCCAGACACCGUUGUCGCAUUUGAUGCCGAACUCGACAUUGGUGAAGAAGACCAGGCCGUCGAAGAAUUGGGAGGGCCCCUGGGGCCUGGCAAAUUCUGA